GAGAGGAAGAGGGCCUGCGAGCAAGGGCUUGAAAGAGUGGCUGGCAGCCCGGAGCCCCGCGAAGAGAACGAGCGAGGAAGGAAGCGACCUUAGGAAAGCAAAGGAACUAGAGAGAAUAGGAGAGACUGAGACUGACCGCUAGCCAGACAGGCGGACUGACGCACGCCCAGACAGACUCAGCAGGCGCUGGAGAACCUCUGAUAGGUUCCUCCCGCCUUUCCCUUUGAAAACCAGGAUUUUGCUUUUUCCUUGGCGCCCGAGAGAGAAUGCUGGACUCUGCCGUCUUCAGCGCAAGCUAAGAUUUCUCAGCUAGGGAAGGAAGAUCAGCCCAAUCCUGAGAGGGGGAAACAAGCGCCCCUGUCCCCAUCCCCCUCCCCUACCCCCCCGACCAAACUCGGGCGCCAAACCCAGCCCUUCCCUAACCAUCCGACUUCCUCCUCUCCUUUCUAGCAUGGUGGCUGUAUGGACAGUCUGACAGAACAGAGACUGACAUCUCCCAAUCUGCCGGCCCCCCACCUGGAACACUACAGUGUUCUGCAUUGCACCAUGACCCUGGAUGUGCAAACUGUAGUCGUUUUUGCCGUGAUUGUAGUCCUCCUGCUUGUCAAUGUCAUACUCAUGUUUUUCCUGGGAACGCGCUGAAUGGAGUCCAGCCACCUGAGCUGUCGCGAACUCUUGCUUUGAUUUCAUCCCGAGAGCCACCGAGAAAGAGAGAGAGAGAGAGAGAGAGAGAGAGAGAGAGAGAGAGAGAGAGAGAGAGAGAGAGAAACAGAGACAGAGACAGAGACAGGGAAAGAGAGGGAGAGAAAGAGCAAUUCUUAUUCAGGGGGGAAAACGUUUUGAGCUUCAACAUGGCCUCGCUGUGAUAUGUAUGACGUUGCUGAUCACUGGAGAUUCCAUCGUUAGUGCUGAGGCAGUAUGGGAUCACGUCACCAUGGCCAACCGGGAGUUGGCAUUUAAGGCUGGCGACGUCAUCAAAGUCUUGGAUGCUUCCAACAAGGAUUGGUGGUGGGGCCAGAUCGACGAUGAGGAGGGAUGGUUUCCUGCCAGCUUUGUGAGGCUCUGGGUGAACCAGGAGGAUGGGGUGGAGGAAGGGCCCAGUGAUGUGCAGAAUGGGCACCUGGACCCCAACUCAGACUGCCUCUGUCUGGGCCGGCCACUACAGAACCGGGACCAGAUGCGGGCCAAUGUCAUCAAUGAGAUCAUGAGUACUGAGCGUCACUACAUCAAGCACCUGAAGGACAUUUGUGAGGGCUACCUGAAGCAGUGCCGAAAGAGAAGGGACAUGUUCAGCGAUGAGCAACUGAAGGUAAUCUUUGGGAACAUUGAAGACAUCUACAGGUUUCAGAUGGGCUUUGUGAGAGACCUAGAGAAACAGUACAACAAUGAUGACCCCCACCUCAGCGAGAUAGGACCCUGCUUCCUAGAGCAUCAAGAUGGAUUCUGGAUAUACUCUGAAUAUUGCAACAACCACCUGGACGCCUGCAUGGAGCUUUCCAAGCUGAUGAAGGAUAGCCGCUACCAGCACUUCUUUGAGGCCUGCCGCCUCUUGCAGCAGAUGAUUGACAUUGCUAUUGAUGGUUUCCUUUUGACUCCAGUGCAAAAGAUCUGCAAAUAUCCCUUACAGUUGGCUGAGCUCCUCAAGUAUACUGCUCAAGACCACAGUGAUUACAGAUAUGUGGCAGCUGCUUUGGCUGUCAUGAGAAAUGUGACUCAGCAGAUCAACGAACGCAAGCGACGUUUGGAGAACAUCGACAAGAUUGCCCAGUGGCAGGCCUCUGUCCUAGACUGGGAGGGUGAGGACAUCCUAGACAGGAGUUCGGAGCUGAUCUACACUGGGGAGAUGGCCUGGAUCUACCAGCCCUAUGGCCGAAACCAACAGCGGGUCUUCUUCCUGUUUGACCACCAGAUGGUUCUUUGCAAGAAGGAUCUAAUCCGUAGAGACAUCCUGUACUACAAAGGCCGCAUUGACAUGGAUAAGUAUGAGGUGGUUGACAUCGAAGAUGGAAGAGAUGAUGACUUUAAUGUCAGCAUGAAGAAUGCUUUCAAGCUUCAAAACAAGGAGAAAAAUGAGGUACAUCUGUUCUUUGCCAAGAAGCUGGAGGAGAAAAUUCGUUGGCUCAGGGCUUUCAGAGAAGAGAGGAAAAUGGUACAGGAGGAUGAAAAAAUUGGCUUUGAAAUUUCUGAAAAUCAGAAAAGGCAGGCUGCAAUGACUGUGAGAAAAGUUCCUAAGCAAAAAGGUGUCAACUCUGCCCGCUCAGUUCCUCCUUCCUACCCACCACCACAGGACCCAUUAAACCAGGGCCAGUACCUGGUCCCUGAUGGCAUCGCUCAGUCGCAAGUCUUUGAGUUCACCGAACCCAAGCGCAGCCAGUCACCAUUCUGGCAAAACUUCAGCAGGUUAACCCCCUUCAAAAAAUAAUACCUACAGGGAGGCAGAUAAUUUUAAAAUAAAGUAAAUAAAAUUAUAUUUAUAGAUGGACCUUUUUUCGGAGAAGCACUGUUGAAAAAUUUAUAUAUAUAUAUAUGUGUGUAUAUAUAUAUAUAUAUAUAAUAUGUGAACAUAUAUAUACACACACAGACCCUGAGUAUACACAUGUGUGUGUGUGGGCAUGUGUGUAUGUGUGCAUGCGCGCGCGCGCGCACACACACACACACACACACACACACACACACACACAGAGAAGGACCAAAAACUUUUUCUGUUGUUUUGGGAAAGUGAAAUCUGUAGUUGGUAGGAAGAGGUACAAAUGACUUCCAAACCUGUUUCCUUCUUAAAAGUUUUCAGUUCUUAACCUGUUCCCCUCCCCUUUUCUUUCAAAAAUUAACAUUUCUAUUUGUUUUUUUUUCCUGUUAAGAUAAUCUCUGCUCCUCUGUGAGUGAUUCAUUGACUUGUCAUUAUUACCAUAGAUGUACUUGUAUUUCUUAUCUGAUGAUACCAAUGCUGAUGAGUUUUGAAUUUUAUUUGAUAUGGUGGGUUUGGAAUUUCUUUUUUUCCAUCUUUCACUUCUCACUGAGGAAGGGGAGGAUUCCCAUCUCUUCUCCCUCAACCAACCAUCUGCAAAUGUUUCUGUAGCCCUGCAGUUGCCCCAAACAGCCUUUUCCUAGCAACCUCUGUCCACAGUUGUGCCAGUCUGGACAUGCUUUAUUGUGCCCUGUGACAUAACUGCUUGGUAUUUCUAUUGCUUUCACUGUGUUUUAGGUGUUGUGGAGAGACACAGAACAAAACACAAGGAAGGGAGCAUCUCUUCAGGGAACAUUCUUCAUUUGGGCUAUUUCUUCUAGCACUGGGGGUUCCCAUAUUGCAGAUCUGCUGUAUCAUUGCAGUUGUGCAUCUGGGAGUUAGUUUGGGCCAAUUAGCGUCUUUUUCAAGUCCCCUUUAUAGUGAAAUCUCCUUUUAGGCCUGUCUCCCCUCUAGCCCAAUAGAAGAUCUGAACUAGAAGCAAAAAGGUUGAGACUCUGCCUUCUGGGGGAAGGAGAUAUCUUCAUUCCUUUCCCUUAGUACCAAGUAGGUUUAAAGUAAGGCAGGGCUCCCUAUAACAAUCAGUUCAGUGUUCUAGUCAUCCCUGCUCCCAUUUGCAGAUUUUUAAGGCAGCAUUGAUAGGAGUCUAUAGAGGGGUUCAAGAUAGAACCCACUUGACCAAGAUCAUCAGCUGCCUUUAAAUUAUUAACCUGGACAGAAUCUAAGGCUGAUAGAAUAUCUUACAAGAAAAAACAGGGAUGAGCAUGGAAAGAGAGAGCCUUCAUCUAAGAUACUGACCUGUAGUUCUUACCACCCCAAUUGUGUAAGGCUUCCCCUUUGUUACCAGAUUGCAUGGACAAUCUUCCCUGGCUCCCUUCUUCCAGUUUACCUGUCCUUCUUCUUUCUCCUUCCUUCCUGGCACCGGAGGAUUACUGGUGUUGACAUAGUUAAAACAGUUAUAGCAUACAAAAAAGGCCCUGUUUCUAAUAUCCUCCUAUCCCAGGACAUUUGAAGCAAAUGAGUGAGGGGCCCAGGGACACUUUUCCCUGUGGAAAAGGGUCCAAGUCAGAGAUGCUCUUCUCAGAAUCAUUUCUUGUAGGGGCUUUCCACUUGGAGAGAACUAACUACUCCCACAAAUAAGAAGGAUCCCUGUGGGUGUAGGAGUAUCUGUUCUUCCUCCCCACAUGGCCCUUUGCAUGGAUAGACUUUGAACGGCAAGGGUAAUGGGAUAUAAAGGAGUGAAAUGGGCCCUACUAUGGAAAGCCUCUGUAACCAGGAAUCUGGUGAUUGAGUCUGUCCUGGAACUCAUGGGAGAAGACUUCAUCACAAAAGGACCUCAUCUUACUAAGCAGCCGCCAUGGCUGCAUGAGGACUUCAGCAUAGCUGACUUGGUCACUGCUUUGUGUCUCCUUACCCAGGCCAGACCCUGCACAACCUAGGAAGUUUUCCCCUGUGAGAAUCAAGUUACAAGUUGUUGAAAUUUCCAUUUCACCACAGCCAAGACAGACUUGCAGAGUUAAGGCAUGAAUGAAUCUGAGCUGAGCUAAGAGCCAGGGCUCGGGACUGGCCACUACACUCAGCACAUGACCCACCUGCUUAAGCCCCCUUGUCAAGGACCCUGGUGCCCAGCACCCAGGCUAAAAUAUCCUCUCUGCAAACAAAGUAUAUUUCAGUUGCUAUGUAGGCCUCCCCUUUGUGUGCCUCCUUUUCCUACUUUCCACUCCUCCUUACUAGGCUCAGCCUUGACAUGCUUCUCCAGGGAUUGGAGCCACAUCAUGAGGGGAUGCUUGGACAAGUCUCUGAGCCUGUAGCACCUAUCUACCAAAUGAGUGGGCCAGGCACUCUUUUCUCCUUCCCCUCCCUGGGGUCUGUACCCAGGACUCUAGGAUCAGGGAUAUCACCUCUCACCCCCCUUCUACUCUACCCAACCCACUGGCCUUAUCAAAUGCCAGUAUUUUAUGGAGAAAAAAAAAUCUUUCCAUGGAUUGGGAUGUUUCCCCUACUUAUAGCAGCAAAGCAGACCAGUGGCCAAAAGCCCCAGAGGGAGCCCAUAAUAACCUUGGCUUAAUAUCUAAAUCUACUGUAUCCCUACAGCAGCACUACCCCACGAACUCUGUAAUUCUCCUAUUUCUGCAUGGCCCUGAGCUCCUCUUUCCUCAACUUGGUUAGGCCUGGAUUUGCUUUGUAAAAGGCUUUCCUAGUAUGUUCUAUGGACCCUGCUUCGGGGAGGUCCCAAUACAGAAAUUAAACUCUUCUCUCUCCCUCCUUCUCUCCCCCUCUCUAUAUGUGUAUAUCUUUAAAGGAUCUAUUAAGGACAGCAACAAGAGAGUUCUAACAAUUCUAGUGUGAAGCCAAAUAGUGAUCUUUUAGUGCUUUGGGGGUGGGGUGGGCUGGGGUGAAUAGUUGGGCAACAGUGAUUUUGAUUACCCCUACUGCUCUGCAUUUGCCAGUUUAUUCUUUUGUUUCUAUUAUCUGACUGUUUGACUCUGUCAAACAAGUGUCAAAGUUGUGUGUUAAAAAUGUUUAAUAACAAAACAAGAUGUUGUAAUGACACAAAGCCUUAUGAAAAUAUUUAUGGAGUUCAAUAAAAGAAGUAAAAAAGA